GAAAUCACAGAGAGUAACCAAGAGAAACAGGAAGCUGUAUGUGCAGAGAGGCAAACGGUUUGCUUCCAAGCUAACUUCCAACUGAAAUUUGAAAAUACAGCACGGCAACACACGACAUAUUAUCUCCCAACAAUCACCGAAUACGGUGAUGUGUGCGGGUAACAAAAAACGACAUAUUGAGGUAGCUACCAGUAUGUUAAAAUCUGUGCUGCUAAGAGUUUUCUAUCUUGCAAGUUGAAGGUAACGUUCGUUGUAGUUGCAAUAAUAUAGUAAGCAAUAUAUCUAGCUUUUCAGGUUUUUUUAUUUAUUUAACGCCGUUCGCCAUAAAUUGUUAGAAUAUUGUCAGCUUUUUCCCACGAAUAGCUAUAUUUGAGAUCAAUGGCCCUCCCGACGAUUUCUACACAAUGGUCAAAUCGUACUCGAACGCUGGAGAAGCGGAUAGUGCGGCAGCGGGAGCAGGAGGCACGUUGGCGGCAACAAUGGGAGUUGCACUCGGUGUACUUCAGAGAACAGAACGUCCGGAGCAGCAAACAGGCCCAGUGGAGCUCGCGUCAAUCUUAUCAACAAAGUAUGAUGGCCUAUCAUCGGGAGAGGCUUAAGGAGGAGAAGAAGCGAAAUCUCGAACAGCGCAGGGAACGGCUGCGCGCUCUGCUGCAGGAGGAGCGCGAUCAGAUGGAGGCCGAACUCCGGGGGUCGAUCCCCGACAGGAAGGCGCAGCUGAUGGAGCGCGUGGACGACCUGAAGUCGGCCAGAGAACAGCGCAGGAAAAAGCUGGCCGAGGAGCUGAUGCUUGAACACUGGAAAAAAAACGACCCAGACCUGCGAAAGGUUGAGUCGGCGCUGCACAAAGACCACGUCGUGAGCCAGUGGCAGACGCAGCGGUCCGAGAAACGAGAGCAAGAGGAGGCGGACCAGGAAGAGAAGAAGCGCUUUGAGAACGAGUAUGAGAGGACGCGCAAGGAAGCGGUGGAGAGGAUGAAGCAGGCGGAGGAGAAGAAGAAAGCGGAGGAGAAGGAGUGGGCGGAGGCCCUCCGGCAGCAGAUGGAGGAGCUCAAAGUCCGGGAGGAGGAAGCGGGCCGGCUGAAGAGGGAGCAGGAGGCCCUGCUGACCCAGCACUGGGAGCUGGAGAGGCUGGAGGAGGAGAGGAGGCGACUGGAGGAGAGCCGGAGGAAGACCGAACUGGGGCGCUUCCUGACCCGGCAGUACCGCGCUCAACUGAAGAGACGGGCCCAGCAGGUGCAGGAGGAGCUGGAGGCGGACCGCAGGAUCCUGGCCGCUCUGUUGGCGGGGGAGCAGGAGGGCCGCGGGCUGGAGAGCGCCCGGAGGGAGCGGGCGGUGGCCGACGCGGCCUGGAUGAAGCGCGUCAUCGAGGAGCAGCUGCAGGUGGAGCGGCAGAGGGAGGCCGAGUUCGACAUCCUCUACAGGGAGGACGCCCAGCGCAUGUGGGAGAAGCGCGAGAUGGAGUGGCAGAAGGAGAGGAAGGCCAGGGAGCGGCUGAUGCAGGAGGUGCUGACGGGCCGGCAGCAGCAGCUGGAGUUCAAGAUGCAGGAGAACCGGCAGGCCCAGGAGGAGUCCCUGAGGAGGCGCGAGGAGCUGAUCCAGGAGCUGGAGAGGGAGAGGGAGACCAGGCGCCAGGAGAAGGAGGCGCAGGAGGGGCAGAGGACGGCUCGCCUGCAGGAGAUCAAACAGCAGAUAGAGGAGCAGCGCCGGCAGCAGUGGGAGGAGGAGCGCAAGAGGGAGGACGAGGAGGAGGAGGCGCGGGAGGCGCAGAAUCGCUAUGACGACCUGGUACAGCAGGAAACCCAGAGGAUGACCCAGCGGGGUCAUCAGGACAAGAUCCACGGGCGUCCCAGAACAGCCUGGACAUGAUGACCGGGCCGAUGACCAAGAUACUGAGACAGUACAACUGUCAAUUGCUCAUUUUUAAAAUGGCUGCUCACAAAAUGAGGUCCAAAUGUUGUAUGACGGACAAUAUAAUUAGCCUGCAUUUUUUGUACAAUAAUCGCAACUCAUGAUUUUGAUUCAAAGUUAUAGGGACUGGUCAAGCCUAUUUAUCAAUAUGAAGUGUUUAUACAACCAUAGUUUUAUAGUGCCAAUUUAUAUUUUUGUAAUAUGCUUUCUUUCAAAAUAGAUAUUUAAAUAUGAUUUUAAAAUAAA